AUGGCUACGCCUUCACCGUCGAGUUCGAGCAACGAAAAGGAGCGCGUUUUGAACCAGACGGCCCAGGUUCAGGAGGAACCACCGCGCUACAAGAGCAAUCUUGAAGAGUUCGAGCGCGACUCGUCGACUAGGCCGCCAUGGAUCCUGACGUUCACCGAGGUCAAGCUGCUCGGGAUUGCGGGGGUCGGCUUUUUCCUCGACGCGUAUGACUUGUUCAUCAUCAAUCCCGUCGCGACGAUGUUGCAAUACCGUCUCUACGGCGGCGCAGCCUUACCCUCUGGCCUGCAAGGGUUCGUCAAAGCUGGUGCGAACAUCGGCUCAGUCAUCGGUCAGUUCCUCUUUGGGUACUUGGCGGACCGACUCGGCCGUAAAGCAAUCUACGGCAAGGAGUUGAUGCUUAUCAUUCUGGCUACAAUUCUCUGCCUUACGACACCUACCGGCUCUCUUUCUCCGGACGCAUGCCUCAUCUACCUCGGUGUCUUCCGUAUCCUGCUCGGCAUUGGUGUCGGUGGUGACUACCCCAUGAGCGCCUCGAUUACAUCCGACCGUGCAAACCUUCGCAAACGCGGUACCAUGCUCUCCUACAUCUUCGCCAACCAAGGUUGGGGUUCACUCGUCGGCUCGCUCGUCUUCCUCGUCGUCCUUGCCAUCUAUAAGCACGUCAUGAACGACGAGGGCAAGACCAGCAAGGUCGACGGUGUAUGGCGUAUCUGCGUCGGAUUGUCCCUCAUCCCGGCUUUCGGCACCUUGUACCAGCGUCUCACGCUUCCGGAGUCCACGAGGUUCAUCAAGAGUCAACAGCGCACGCAAGACGAGGAGGAUCCCAUCGAGAAGCUCAAGGCUGAGGCCCACGCCGACGAGGCCUCCGCAUCUGGUGGCUCGUCAGACAACGUCUCGCCUACGACCGCACCUGCUGCUGCACCGGCACCGCCGCCCAUCGUCAAGCAGAAGGCGCACUUCCACGACUUCUUGAAGUACUUCUCCGAGUGGCGCCACCUGAAACUGAUCAUCGGUACCGGCGGCUGCUGGUUCCUGCUCGACAUUGCCUUCUACGGUAUCAACCUCAACCAGAACGUUGUGCUUCAACAGAUUGGCUUCGACGGCAAGGACGGCACGCCAUGGGAACGCCUCUGGAAGAUCGCCAUCGGCAACAUCAUUAUCACCGCUUUGGGCUUCGUACCGGGAUACUACGUCACCGUGCUCACGGUUGAGAAGCUCGGGCGCAAGACGAUUCAGAUUAUGGGUUUCCUUAUGGAGGCGCUGUUCCUUGGUAUCAUGGCCGGGUUGUUUGAUCGUCUGAGCACGGCUGCGUUCGUGGUGUGCUUCGCGUUCUUGCAGUUCUUCUUCAACUUCGGCGCGAACACGACCACCUACCUGUACCCCGCGGAAGUCUUCCCCACGCGUUACCGCGCCUUCGCACACGGUAUUUCAGCCGCAUGCGGCAAGUGCGGCGCCAUCAUCUCCGCUCUGGCGUUCAACGCGCUCUCGGAGGACGUCGGCACACCCGUUGUACUCUGGAUCUUCUUCGGCUGUUGUCUCGCCGGUGCAAUCUUGACGGCCAUCUGUUUGCCGGAGGUCAAGGGCCGCGACCCUGACGUUAUACUCGAGCAGGAGAUGAGGGAGAGGAGGAUGCUGUAG